ACAACAUUUCCCUCCACUGCAUUCUCUCCUCUCUAUGUCUGUUAAUAAAGGAACUGAAUCACUGCCAAUGAGUAAUACAAAGGGAAUGUGAAGAUUCUGGGUUUUCUUAGUUUUGUGAAUCACACAUCACCUGGGAAGAUGUAUAAAUAUAGUCAGCACCACAUACUGGGUAGAUAGUACAUAGCUCAAGAGAAAAAGAGUCAAGCUUGGACUUGUAAAUCUUACCUGAGUCCUCUGUUCCCAGGACCUCAGCAGCAACAGGAAUAACAAGAAAGGAUUGGCAGAGAGAAAAACUGAACGAAGCACUACGUUUGCACACAUUCAAUGAAACAGCAUUUCACUACACUGUGAAGUCAUUGUCUUGUUGGAUACUCCCUUUGAAUAUACCAGAUACUUUUUUUAAAAGUUUAUACUGAAGAACAUGGAUUUAUAUGUCGUCGUGGUACUAACGCUUUGUAGUUUGAUAUCUGAGAAAAGAUGGGUUGUGAGUAGUACAAAAUUGCCAACUGCUGAUAAUUUAACAUGGUCAUCAAUUAAUUUGAAGACAAUAUUGGAAUGGCAGCCUGCACCAACUGGAUUUACCUACACUGUUGAAAUAUCUGGGAAACUGACAAAUUGGAAAAAAAAUCCAGCUUGUAUUAAAACAAAAAAUACAGAAUGUGACUUAACAAGAUUUCUACAGGACGUAAAAGAUACAUUUUAUGCCCACGUUAUUUCUGAACCUGAAGGAACUAAUGAAGAAGCUGAAGAAUAUCCUUACAAAGUAUCACCAGCAUUCACUCCUUAUAACCAAACAAUAAUUGGACAGCCAGAUUUCACAUUAAAGGAAAAUGAAGCAAAAACUAAAGUAAAAGUGAUGAUAAAAGAUCCUGAUACACCUUAUAGGUACGACAACAAGACCUUCAGAAGCAUUAGGGAGUUUUUCAAUGGAAACUUGGCAUAUCACAUUUACUACUGGAAAGCCACUAGUACUGGGAAGAAAACUGAGAACACAAAUACCAAUGAAGUAGAAAUCAACAUUGAGAAAGGUGAAAGUUAUUGCUUUUCUGUGCAGCCUGUUAUUCCUUCUCGUAAAGAUCAGACAAGAUUGGGCCACGUCACUCCACCGAAGUGCACUCCUUCUCAAGGUAGUUUCUUAGCUGAUUAUGGUCCAGCCCUACUGAUCAUAGUGAUAAUUGCUGUGGUUUUGAGCAUUAUUAUAACAGUCUCCAUAUGUGUGGCCUGCAAAUGCAAAAAGUCUGCAGAAGAAAAGAAGACAGAAAACAUGCCCCUUAAAGACGUUUAGGGACUUAGAUACUUACUUAAGCAAUUACUGUCAGACACUGUCAUUCCAAGGUUUACAGUACAUUCUGAACUGACAAGACAAGAAGUAAAGCUGCUUUUCGUCACAAGUAUAUUCACUUCCACUUGUAACUGCUGAUGUAAAAUAUCCAAAAACCAAAAAUAUCCAAAAUUGUGCUGAAUAUGAUUAUCAAAAUCAUUUUGUAACACUAGCUUAUAACUUUUAAAAUGGUACUAAAUCUCUUUCUCUGUUCUUUGGUGCAAGGGUCAAAAAACACUAUAUUUCAAAACUGAAUCAGUCCUAAAUAAUUAUUUUAUUUAUUUUAUAAUGAAAUUAUGUCAUAUAAGUGCACUACAUUUAAUUUUGUAAUAAGAGAAGAUUAUGUGUAUUAUAAUGAUGUAUGUAUAUAUUUGGUAUGGUUUUACUGAAAGGGAUAAAUAUUUUUAAAAAAUUUAUAUAUAAUGUUUAUAUGUGGGUAUUUUUGUAUAUAUUGUAUUUUAUAUAAAGUAUUUUUAUAAGUAAAGGUGGACAUCAGACUGAUUAUACCUCCAUUUUAUGUGUUUACAUACACUGUACUUUCUACUUACUACGUGGUUAAUACUAUUACACCAUUUUUAAGUAUGUAUGUAUAUAUGUAUGCUGUUAACUAAAGUCCCUAGACCUUAAUAAAUGUGAGCCUAUCUUAACAAUAUAAAUCGUUUAAAAUUGCA